GUGGAAAGUCAAGCAUUAAUUCCAUAUAGAAAAUUGGCCAACAAUGAGCAUGUCAUACCACGAUAUCAACACAUCACUUGGUUGACAUCAAAUAUCCCGAUACAAAGCCCAAACACCAUUGACAACCAUUUCAGGAGAGAUCAUAUUCAAUUAAAUUCUGUCAAUAGAGGAGGAAACCGUAUUGAGCAGAUUCCAGAGACAUGAAUUAACAUGUUGCUGAAAAAUUGGAUGAUUUUCUGAAUUUACGGACAUAAGGUGUGAACUUGGAUUGAUGGUUAACAUGUAAGAAAUUGUGUUUCAAUCAGUUUGAGGUUUAAUAGAUUUAAAGAUCAGAAUUAAACAAACAGAAGAUUGUCUCUAUUACUCUAGGAAAAGAUAGUCCUGUCAACAUUCACAGAAGAUAAGAAACUGUCAGUUAGAGGUAAUAAAUAGUUGACUACUUCUCCAAUCUGCUUUAUGUAUACGAUAGAUAAGUGGCAAAAAAAAACAUGAUGACUUAGUGACCCUUUCAGGAGAGACUGCUAAGAGACUUUCAGGACAUUUAUCAUAUGAGUUGUGUACAAAACCCAACAUAAAACAGUGCAGUUGGCUUUGAAUGUACCAGGCAGACGUUGUUGUGAACUCCAGGAUGGCGGGAAUGUAUCGCUGCCGCGAGUGUCACAUGAACUUCCAAGCGCAGCACCUAUUGUCAAAACACAAACAAAAGUUCUGUGUGGGCAGCCUCAGUGAUCCAGAUGACCUCCAGCUACGACGGGGCCUACGAUCAACCUCCCCGAGAAGAAUUAUCUCCCCUGCUGAUCGGAAACUGAGACCUAAAGGAAAUUCGGUGGUUAAGAGGACUGAUUAUUCCCCACACCUUAUCAAAACCCUGCAAACUCCUGAGGCAUCUAAUCCACAUGCCUUGUCUCGUCUGGAGAUGUUUUUUCCGACAAAGCCCAUAGAAUCUCCAGAUGUCCCUAUAAAUUUCCACCGACCCCUGAUGGAGACAGGGGAUGGGAUGGGGUCUGCCUCUGCCCAGCCCCAGGGUGCUGAGGGGGGACUGGCUGUAGGGCAGGAAAGGUUAAUCCUUUCCCCCAAGUCAGUGGAAGAGAAGCUUCACCAGCUACGUCAGUUGAAGGAGAAACGGUCACGGAACCGUGACCUUCGCGACCUUGAGGAGCGCAUGCUUUUAGAUGAGCUAGGUGACACGGAAAACCGUGGCUCCCCUCGGCGUACACGCAGCAGAAUCCCGCUGUCCACACACAAGGAGAUACGAGACUUGCAGCUAGAGUAUGAAAAAUUACGAGAGAAAGAGAACCAGACAGGUGUACGCAAGUCCAUCCCUGCACGGUUUGUGCCCAGCCGUGAAGAGCGGACAACUCCGUACACCCGAAACUCCAACUCCAGCAUGAGCAUUUACCUGGAUGAUGAGUACCGGAAGAACGGGAACCAGGACCAGCAGCUGCGCUCGCUGGCGGAGAACCAUGGAAGACAGAUGGAAUAUCUCCAGCUUCAGAACAGGGACCUCGAAAAACAGAGGGAAGAUAUUCGCAAGCGUUUGGAGGGUCUUGGACGUCGUACGGUGGCGCCACCUCCACAGGACAACACAGCCGACCUACUCCGGGAACUAAGGGAACAAGAGAUACGUAACCAGCGCGCACUCGACGACCUCAAACGUCAGCUCCAUGACCUUCAUGGAAACCAGAAAGUCAAUGUCAUAGAGAUAGAGAAGCCAGUCUAUCACCAGCCACCACCCCCACCUCAGCCAGAACCCCCCAAGAAGUCAUUUGUGAUGCCAGUCUACUACGGCAAGUCUCUCGUAGCGGAAAUUACGGCCAUCCGGCAGGCAUACCUGCAGAACGGAGGCAAUGACCCGGAUGUGCUGGCUCAGAUGUCCCAGAUGCAGGCCGAGGCCCAGGCAAUUGAAGACCAGAUGAAUCAGAAACCCCCGGAACGGCCUCAUAAAGAUAAGCCGCGUGACAAUGAGUCCACAUUUAAGCUUCUGGAGAGUGAAAAUGAUCGGUUAAUCCAGGAGCUCCGACUGCUUCAGGAGCAGAACAUCCUCGCCAAAAACCGCAGAAAUAACGACAAGGAAGAUGAGCUAGAGCGUGAAUUACGAAGGUUGCAACGCGAGCACCUGGAAAAGAUGUACGGGCUUCAGAAGGAGUUGGACGAUCUGCGCAUGAUGUUGUUGAUGGAGCGUAACCGCCCACCACCACCUACCACACAUGUGGUCCAGCAGCCCGGGCCUCCAGUAUCCCUGUGGCGUGAACAGACACCCUGGUUAUUCCAGAAACCCUACGUCGAGGUCGAACCCAUGGCACCUUAUGACCAGUACGCGGGUUUUGUGAUAUUCUACGACUUUGUGCUGUCCCUGGAUCCCACAGUACAGGCGUGUCGGCUGGUGGUGGGGCUACACAGCUCGUCGGCGGUAAUGGGGGAGCCAACAGUUCUCCCCACAGUUUACACUGAGCCUGCCACCCGUGGGGCCGGGUACAACUACAACUACUCUAAUGCUGUUAUAGGGGCAAAACAACCGGUACCAAAAUGUCCCCCAGAGCCAGACCUGGGAAUUGUUGCAGAGCUGCAGGCUAGCGGUGGGCCGGCCUCAGAGCAUGAUCGACACAGUCUUAUAACGCGAGCCUGGACAAAGAUCCCAUUGUUCGACAAUGACACGCGCCUACUGGCUGGGAGGUACCGUAUCCCGAUGAGGAAUGUGCCCAUCAAACCGUUCCUCCAUGUCAGCCAAGUCCAGCGUGUUCCAAAGUAUGGUGAUGCUGAGUUGUAUUACCGGAUCGUUAACAUGCGAGACGCAGAAAUCCAAUCCAUGCAGCAGAUCUCUGCGGCUAACUACAACCAAUAUACGCACCCUCAGGUAGAGCCCGUACCUGAGCGCCUUCCAGUGUACACGCCCAAACGAAACAUUCCCCCUCCCCCUUCUGCAUCCCCCCUCCCCACGCCCAGGAAAAAGAGGCCCAGCGCACAAUCGGUACCGCCCAGUCCUCAGCGCUUACCCUCCAUCCAACAGCGUCAGCUGCGCUCAACUUCUCCCCCGCAAAUUAUGGCACUCCAAGAUAUGACACUGGGGUUCCAGGUGGACCGGGUUAAGAAGGCGGAGUCAGGGGAGGGUAAGGUCAGGCUCACCGCAUACUACGCAUCCACAGGAAAGGUUGUACAAUCUACUACAAGUCCAGUAACAUGCAGCACAACUGCAGUGCGGUCAAACUUCAAGUAUGGCUACCACGUGUUUGGCCAGCAAGAGGCCACAUUCCAGGAAGUCGAAUAUCAGGGUGACAUGGUGCUGAUAGCACGGUUUUACCUGAAGAAGCGCCAGUCAGAUAUGAUGGAUGAGUUUAUGAUGCCGGAGCAGGGCGGGCAGGAACCUACACUGUAUGAUGAGGAAACCUGCGUCGCCUGGGCUGCUCUUCCUCUAGUCAACUGUGAUCAAAGCUUGCCAUUGAAGAAGAAAAAGAACUUCAACCCAAACACAAUGUCCAUCAACCAGGGCACCCACACAAUCCCAUUCUACCAGCUCCCAAUGCCAGAACCAAAUCAGAUCCCGCUUGAUGGGGGCCCAUUCCCGCGGGACUUUGCCCGUUACGGGAAGGCCACACUGCGGGUGUAUGUGUUCCAGGGAAACCCACGCCCGGGCUCCCUCACGCCCAGCGAUGUGUCAGAUAUAGAGGAUGAAGACACCUUACCAGAAUUCGCGUGGCUGCCGAUGGAGCGAAAGACACCUCCCAAGGACCCGUUCCUGCUUGGCGACGGCUUUGACGUGUACAUAGAUGGCUGCAGAUACCUGCCAGACUCCGCUACUUUCACCAAGGUGGCAGGCCGUAUCCUAGACAGGAGAUAUGACCUGUACGGGAAGGACAUCAACACAGGUGUGAAACUAGACAGUGAUGUCUAUAAUCCUGUGUUUGAGGAGAAGGUGGAGUUCCGGGAGACAAACAUCCCACCCACCGCCACCCUGCUGCUUAAGGUGUACACAAUAGACAACUUCUACAAGUCCCUGACAGUGGUUGGGUACAGCACCAUCAAUGUGUUCGUGGAGACGGGCACAGAGAGGCAGCCAAAUGUAGACAAACCCAUGCAGGUGUCAUUGAAUGAGGGAGCCCACCAGUUACGUCUGUAUGCCCAGGGCCCCAAUGGUGUGGACCCGCUCUCUGAGCCGUGUCUGCGGGAUGGAGGGGUCCGUAUUGUCCCCUGUGCCUCCCUGCUGAUACGCCUGGUCAAGGUCGCAAGAGGGGCUGGUGGGAAGGCUCUAGAGUCAAGCAAGGUUCCCCAGGGUGACUGGUUACGUAUGGGCCUGUAUCAGCCGCGGCCCAAGUACUCAGACCGCGUCUACUACUCCUCCAAGUGCAUGCCUACCAAGGGGGAGACACGACUCUUCCACAGCAUGAUGAGGCGAACACGACGCACGAUACGGGAGGUCAUUGCCCUCGUGGCCCCGGCCAAGGAAAGCUUCCUAAGGAGUGACAAGAACAUGGAGGAGUUUAUGAGGACGCAGCUUACAAAGACUGCGGACACCAAACCUCUGGACCAAGACCUCAACUUUGUCGCCCAGUACAGCCCUAAACAUGGCAUCAAGGUGGCUAUAGACAGUGCUGUGAGCCUUCCCUGGACCAACUUCACCCAUGCCCACAUGUGCUUCAACCCUCCUGCGGCCUUCUACCUGGGUGCCCCGCAUGCGACAUAUGACAAGCUGGCGUUUACAGAGAUCCUGGAUGUGCGAUCUACCAACACAUCACCAGCGUGGAAGGAUGGAUUCAAGCAUUUCCCUCGCCGGUCGUACCACAGGUUCAUGACACUGAUCAUCCACCUGCAGGAGAUCUCCGUCAGUGUCGCUAAGGAGAACUACAAAUACGGGCUGCUAGAACAGGCUUGGACAGCUGUUCAGAUCUUCACAGACAAGUAUUGCACCACCCAGGCAUUCCAGCUGCCUCUGUUUGCCGGCUCCCCGAACCAAACCAUCCUGAAACAGCUGGCCCGGGAACCAUGCAAGGAGUGGAUGGAACGCAUGAUAAGAAACAACGGGAUCCAGCUGCUUGAGGGCUCAUCUAUAUUUGUGCGUGUGGCUGACGCCCGUCGAGAUGAUGAACUCCUCUCAGACAUUGCCCAUAACAAACUGGCAGAGGAUAAUGAGGAUGGGGAUAAAAUCUCCCCACGGGUUGAGGUGAAUACAGACUACAUUCCCGUGGGACUGGAGGAGGCCUACAGCCGUGAACGGCCCGGAAAACCCAUUGAAUCUCUUGUACCCAUCGGCAAAACGCCUGAACAGUUCAUAGACAACCUGAAGGUCAAGUUCAAAAGUCUGGUGUACAAACUUUAUGAAGAGGGAAACUUGGAGAAGUAAGGAAUAAAGGCAACAAUCUGACUGGAAGAACGGAACACUGAUAAAGACCUUACGUGACUUGUGUGUAGCCAUUUGGAAGAUUUAAACAAAGACAUUGUUUGUUUAAACUGAAAAGAAGUCUAAACACCAUCACAGACACAUAUGCAACAGUGUUUAAACAUUAUUUUGCUAAGAAGUUUGCUCUAAAGUUUAUCAUUAAACGUGAAAUGCAGAGUGCUGUGAUUUUGCACUGGUAUUUUAGGAUAUUUGUACAACCAUUUCUGUGGAAACGGGGCUGUGAGUGUAGCCUGACAUUGAUAAGCGUAGUUAGUCUCUCUGUUAUUUAUUUGUAUUUGUUUUUCUAAGAAAAAGGUUGAGGUAUUGUGAGAGCCUUUGUGUUGUUGGCAGAGGUAUUGUUUUUGUGCAAAAAAUUUAAGCUUCCUUUAACAUAGAACCAUUCAAGAUAUUCCCUGGAAACUGUGUACUCAGUCAUGUUCAAAGUGAAAAAAGAUAAUGUAUAUAAGGCCCAUUACUCUGGUCGAUUUAAUAAUAGUUGAGUUAUACCGCUUUUUUGGCUGAAAAAAUAACCACAACAACAACACCUCAAACAACAGACGAGCGAUGGCAUCCCAUUGUGGUGCUCUUAUGUUCUUUAUUUAAACUUUCUCUCUCCUAUAUUAGCCUGCUGUAUGUGCACUGUUGUUUUUUUCUGCACAUGUGUUCAAAUAUAUAAUAUAUGUAAAUUAUAUGUGUGUGCUUUGGAGGUAAUCAAGCAUGUUGUUUUGUCUUUGUGAUGUUCUUGUAUUUCACAUGUGAAUAUUGCUAAUUUCGUUUUGAUUAUUUGUGCCAUGUCCAUUGUGUAUAUAAAUAUAUUCAACGACCUCUUCCUGUUAGAGGAAUUACCCAUGGUUGUUAUUGCUUGUGCUCUUGUGCUCCAUAUUUACAUUGUUUUAUGAAACUCAUAAUGUGAUAUACAAACCAAUUCAGGUUUAUAAAGAAAUACAUUAUUUAUGACUUUCUGAAAUAACACAUUUUUAUAAAACAGGGUAAAAGUAUUAAUGAACUAUUAUCUACCAUAUAAAAACAAAUAGGCGUAAACUUCAUGUUCUUAUUGUGCUAAAUGUAAACAAGUGUUUUUUUUAUAUAUUGACCAUGGUUAGGUAGAACGAAAACCAGUCUAAGGCGAACUAGUAUGGACGAAGGGAAAAACAAACACGUUGAUUGAAUGACUGUCAGAACUAUUCUGUAUCAGAUGCAACAGCAACUAAUUUGUUCCCAAUAAAGAGAGAGGAUGCGAAAUUCCACUUGUACUGUAGGUCAUAUACAUUUGUGUACAUACAUGUAUGCCCUACAUCAUCCAGGUAUGUGUACGUAUGAGUAAAGUGAUUUGUGAGCCGACUAGUACUAGUUUAUAGAGAAAUUUUGCAAACAAAUUUUAAAAUCUACUCAAAAGAUCACAUUCACAACUACAACCUUGACAUCUACGUGUAGAUUUAUAUGUUUAAGUCCACAUACUCCUGGUGUUCCGCAACCUCUCAAUUAUCUGCAAAUGACCAAACAUGACUGUGAUAGUUUGUAUUGCCUGUGAUAAUAAUUACAUUGAAUUUGUUAUUAAGAUAUGUGUUAUAUUAUUUAUUGUAUAUUUUUUUGGAAUACUUAAAACAACUUGUAUUCAACAUUUCAGGAAAUGUUGUGUGUGCUGUAAAUAAUGCCAAUGUUAUUUAUUUUACAAUUAAUGUUCUCAAAAUUAAACUUGUGAUUACAUAGUUAUAUAUAAAUGAUGAUUUAUGAUUUAGCAAUA